GCCAAUUGUGUUCAACAAUCGGUUGAGGUGCCUGCACGUCAACCAGUAGUAUAGCAGGUGGUGGGUGGGAUAAAGGUAACGAGCUAGGUUGACCCAUAGCUACGGCUUGGUUGUUGAUCGGUUUAACGGAGUUUACUGUACAGUCCUGCUUGGCUUGGGCACUUUCAAUGAAAAGUGAUAUGAAAAGGUCUGGACCUGAGCUAGAAUAGGUAAAAUAAAUCGCAACUACCAGUCUAUUUUUCUUGAACGUGUAAGCAACACAGUUUUCUUACUUAAUACUUUUGACUUUGUUUUUUUUUUUGCGGUAACUUGGAGCAGCGAUUUCAUGUAUCCUUGUGACAGAGCGCACAUCACUGGCGGCUAACUUCAAUCAGUGCACAACACGAACACCCAAGCCCAAGGAGAGUGGUCCAUGUCUGUAGCUGGAGGUGCAAAUCGAAUGAGAUACGGACGCAAAACCAGGUCUGCAGUCUGUGCUCUGGUCUGGCAGUUACAUGGCUCGUAUUGGCAGCUCUCAGUUAAACCUCCAGGGCCCGGGCAGCUCAGUAGACCGCCCCGGUGCCGCGCUGUCAAAGCCCGGACACUCAGCCGCCGCGCCGCCGGCUCCGGCCGGGGCUGGGGGCGACGGCGGGGUCUGCAGUGGGCCCAUCACCCGGAACACGAGGCUCCUGCUGCAGGAGUUCAAGGGGCUGUACGAGGACAAGCUGAGGCGCCUGGAGUCCGAGCACCGAGGUGGGAGCCGCGAAGACGCGCUGCGGAUGAAAGUGCGGAUUCUUCAUUCCUACGUCAAUGAUCUUAGUGAUCAAAAUCAAGUCUUGGUCCAGACGGUGGAAGAUCUUGAAAAAGAAGCUAAUGACAAAGUAGCCCUUUUGGAGGCUAGAAUUCAAGCUGCUGACCGGCUGGUUAAGGGAGUCCUCGUGGAGAAGGAGGGCUUGGAGGAGCUUGUCCAGAGCCUGCGUGAAGAAAAUCUGGACAUGAAGCUGGACGUUGACAGUCUUGUGGGAGCAGUGCAGCAAGCUCGAGGCGCGCAGAAGCUAGAAUUUUCGUCACUUACCCUCAGGACAGUUCCAACGGAGCAAAUCGUGGGACCAGCUGGUCAUCUUGUAAGCAUUCCUAAACAAGAAGAUAUGAUCAUGAUGGCUCAUGUUGAGGAUCUCAAGUCCCAGUUAAAGGCCAAGGACAGGACUAUCCGCAGUCUGCAAGAGGAGAUUAAAAAGGGUUUGCUGAUGAACGCCAAAGGUGUGGACGAGGCCUCAGAGAGAGAUGGUGCCUUCUCAGUACUGCAAAACAAGUUACAGACUCUUCACCAGCUUCAGUUAGAAAAUGUUGCUCAGAUUGCAGAGAAAGAUAUCUUGAUCACCAGACUCCAGACAGAGCUUCAGCUGGCUCAGCAGGGUGCAACUGAUACGCAGAAUGAGCUGUCCAGCCAGAGGAAGAAGGUAAAGGAGUUGCAGGAGGUGACUGGACAGCUGAAGGAGGAAAUGGUGGCCAAGGAUGCGCAGACUAGUUCUUUAGUCAAGUCGAGCAGGAAUCUUGAGGACAAAACAGUGAUGCUGACCGAAGAGCUUCAGAAAAGAGGAGAGGAGCUACAGAGACAGCAGACGGAAAUACUUCUACUGCAAGAGAAAAAAGAUGGACUCCUUGCUGAGCGGCAAGCACAGGAGCACAGGAUGCUACAGAUUCAGGAAACACAGAAACACAAAGAGAGAGAAGCUCUGCAAGUGGUGGCUCAGAUGGAACAAUUACAGACUGAACUCGAAGCCUCCCGUAACUUAUAUAAGCAGGCCACAUGCCAGCUGGGCGAUACCAAACAGGAGCUGGAGGGGGUGAAGGCAGAGCUUGAGGAGGCCAGACGCGAGAUGCUUGCUGCAGAGGCGGAGAGAGAGGCCCGGCGGAGGGCCACGCAGGGCGGCCCCGGGGAGGGGUCCGGACAGCGGCCCCCGGAGCGGGAUCUGGGCGCGAAGCUGAUCGGCGAGGACCUGGCUGGCUGGAAGGACAAGUGCACGUCUGCGAAGGAGAAGAUUUCAAAGCUGGAAAGAGUUCUCAGCGAUCACAAGGAUGACCUGCAAGAUCUUCAGCUUAAAUAUCGAAAUGCUCUAGAAGACAAUGGCCGGCUGCACGCCAGACUGGAGGCCCAGGCGGUGGCAGCUCAGAGAGAGCAGGACGUUCUCAGCAGCGAGAUAAGCUGUACAGAGGGUGUGAUCCAUCAGCUGAAACUGCAGCAGUUCGAGUCUGAUGAGAGACAGGCACUGGCAGAGGAGAAGAUCUGUACCCUUGAAAAAUUGCUCGAACAGAUGCGGGAUAAAUAUCAGGCUGCGUUAAGUGACGUUCAAAGACAAGACCAGUUAAUACUUUCCUUGGAGAAAGAGCUUGAGCGAGUGGGACUCUCGGAAAAGGAAGCUGUGCUGCAGGUACAUGAGCAUGAGGAAACAAUCCGACACAUGCGAAUAGAUUUGACUUCCUUGAAGGCAACACAAGACUCUUUGAAGAGGACAGUGACAAUGAAAGAGUGUCUUAACAAUGAGCUCUCUCAGGAAAGUAGUCACAUGAAGGAGAUGCUUGAGAGUCUGCAAAACAAGUUGAGAAGCAGUGAAGAGCAAAUUAACACCCUGGUUCUAGAAGUUGGCCUGCUCAAGUCCAAAUUGCAGGAAAAAACAGAAAAGUCACAACAGCUGGAAGAUCAGAUCCUGAAACAGCAGGAGGCUCUAAGUAGGGCAAGUGAAACUCUAAAAGACACAAGGAAAGCAGCUGGCAAUAAGAUACAUAAAAAGGAAACCAAGCUGGGAGUCCUACAGAAGGAGCUGUUAGAAGCACAAAACCAGUACUCUGAAUGUUACAAAGAGUUGCUCCACAGGGAAAAUCUUAUGCAGAAGCUGAAGGAAGAGACUGUACAGCUGACAGACCAAAUAAAGGAGCAAUCCCAGGACAUUAACAAGCUGAACAGUGAAAAGAAGAACCUUGAGCUGGAGUUGGCGGUUGUCAUGGAGAAACACAGAACAGCACAACAAGAGGUGAAUAUUCGAGAUCAAGCAAUUUUGCAACUGAAGACUGACCUGAAAAUGGUGGAGGAGAAGUACAGUGGCUCUCAGGAAGAGCUGGGCCUUCAUGAGUCUGAGGUCACCAGACUUAAUCAGAAGCUGAAAUGCCUACAGAGGGAGGUACGUGAGCUGUGGGAUAAAUGUAGCCAACAGGAGGACAGUCUGAACCAGGCAGACAAGGAGAAACAGCACUUGCAGCACGAGCUGGAGAUGUGCAAACAGCAGAUCACGAAUCACAUGCAAACCAUGGAGCAGAUGCACUGUGACCUAGAUGCCGCCAAACAAUCACACUGCACCGAUCUGGAACGCUGGAACCAAAAGUCUUUGCUGCUGCAGCAGCAGCUUGGCGUGGCGACAGAGGAGCUGCAGGAGAUGCACGGGAAAGUGCAGGAGCAGAAGGUGUUGGCGCAGCAGCUCAGGGAGGAGCUGUGUAACACGCAGACGUUGCACCAGGAGGCCCUGUGCAAGGAAGCGGCUCUCUUCAGGCGGGAGAGAGAUGGCCUCCAGGUGAAACUCGACGAGAGCAAUGCUGUGGCCAAAGCCCAUCAGUCAACUGCUGAUAUCUUCAAGCAGAAAUAUCAGGCCAGCAUGGACAAAGUGCAGCAACAGGAGGGACAGAUACAGAGUCUUGAGGAGGAAGUCAAAGAUUAUAACAACCAGGUCCUUCAGGCACACGAUAUGGUCAGCGAGCUGAAAGCUGAAAUAGUGAACCUGGAGCAUCGCUAUGAGGAGAAAUGUAACCAGAUUGAAAAUUCUGAGGAGGCAAUGGACCAGCUAACAGAAGAACUACAGGCAGCUCGGGAUGACCUAAAGAACAGCAAUGACCGCAUCCUUGAGUGUGAACAUUUAAUACAGAAACUACAGGAAGAGGUGGAAGCCACACACAAAGAGCUGUCAGACCAGCAGAAUGCAGCUCUCCAGCUGCAGUCUGAGCUCGUGUCAUACCAGUCCACCCACAGCUGCUCGAAUGAGGAGCACGAAGCUCAGCGGGCUCGCUGCGCACACCUGCAGCAGGAGCUGGCGGCCACGCGGCGCCAGAGCGCGGAGCAGGCGGCGAGGAGCGCGGAGUGCGAGAGGGCCGUGCCACAGCUCCGGGCGGAGGCCGCGCGGGCCGCGGAGCAGCGGGACAGGCGUGCCCUGGAGGUGGAGAGGCUGGAGCAAACUCUCCAGUCUUUGCACCUGGACGUGGCUUCUGCGCAGCAGGAGCACAAGGUGGCCGUUGUCCGGCUCCAGCAGGAGGUUGCUCAGCUUGAAGUGGACCUCACGGAUGCCAGGAAGCUCUGUGUCCAGAAGGAUCAGGCAAUUCGAAAAAGAGAUGACCUUCUAAAGAAGUCAGAGUCUGACCUUCUACAGACAAGGGAGACUAUCAAAGGCAAAGUGUCCGAGGUGGAGCAUCUGGAAAGCACGGUCAACAGCCUGAAAAGUGAUAUCCAGACUUUGGAAAAGGACAAAAGUCAAAAACAAAAGGAGAAUCUGGCUUUGAGGAGCGAAAUACAACAGCUGAAUCGGGAGCUCCAGGAGAUUCGCGGGCAGUACAGAGAAACAGCCCAAGAGCUUGCCAGGCGGGAUGAGAAGUUUCUUUUAAUGGAAUCCAGCUUAAAAGCAACACAGGACCAGCUGACUGAGAGGGUGGCAGAGACUGUUCGCCAGGAGCAGACAAGCCGAAAGUUUCAGACUGAGCUAAAGACCAUGAAAGAGCGGGUUUUAGCGGCGGAGGCUGAAGUUACGGAGCACAAACAAAUGGUGGAGAAAUUAAAAUCCGAUCUCAGUGCGGCCAAGCAGUGCCAGCAGCAGGCACUUCAGGAGGUGGUGAAGUUCCAGCAGGACUCUCAGAAGAUAGAGAUGGAGCACACAUGUUGCAAAGAUCAACUGAAGACCCUCAAACAGCAGGUACAUCAGCAGGAGGCGCUGGUGCGCAGUCUGAGGGAAGAGCUGGGAAGACUGGGCCUGGAACAAGCCCGGUACCAGGACCUGCAGCGCCAACUGGGCAAGCUCAAGAGCCACAUCGCAGACAUGGAAACCGCGGGGGAGCUUCUCAGAGCCAAGCAGAAAAACGACACUGAGGCGUUAAAAGAUCGUGAAAAUCGCAUUGCAAGGCUAGAAGAUGAAAUUGCCAAUGUCCAAGAGAAACACAGAAAUCUGCUGGAGAGGUUCUUAGAAGCAGAGUCUCAGCUGAAAAUCUCUAGUUUAAGCACAGCUGCUGCUGGAAAGCAGCGAGAGCUUCACGCUGAAGAGGCGAGGCGCUGUGAGAGGGCCCUGGCGAAACAGGGCGCGGAGCUGCAGGAGGCAGCGGACUCGCUCAGGACCUGCAGCAGGGACCUGGCGGCCACUGAGCAGAGCGUCCGGGACCUGGAACUCCAGCUGGCCGCCGGCCGCGAGCAACAGAAAGCAGCGGAGGAGGAGGCUCGCAAGCAUGAAGAGAAAAUGUCUGAGCUAAGUCAGCAGCUCUAUCAGAUGCAGAGAACAAGCCAGGAAACCAUCAGAGAGCUUGCAAGCAAAGAAGAACAGUUAGUUAUAUUGAAAACAGAGGCAGGAGCUCUCCAAGAAAAGCUCAGGUGCAAAGUAGAGGAGGUAGAGAAUCUGAAAACCGAGCAGCAAGUUUUGAAAGAAAAGCUCGUGGCUGCAAGUACAGAGCUGGAAGCUGUGCACCAGGCUGUGCAAGCAGCGAGGAUGGACAACGGCCGCCUCCGCCGGGAGAGUGAGUUAGUGCUGGCAAAUGUGGAUCGGUGGAUCAAAGAUCAAAAGAACGCUAGUGAAAAAUUGGCUGGAACGAUCAAAGAACAGAACAAGCUGCUAGCUAAAGUCAGUGCAGAAAAAGAAUAUUUGCAAGACUCAAAUUAUGCAAUGGAAAGAGAAAUUAAGAGACUGAAAGCAGACCUAGAAGAAAAGGACAUUGAAAUUGAACGUGUGAAGACGAUCCAGAGUCACUCUGCUAAUCAGCAAGUACUUCUUAAUCAGCACAGAGGUCGUUUGGAGGUGGACGAGGAACAAAAGGAGAGUGUCAUGACACAGAAAUUAUCCGCUCUUGAAGACAUGCAGGCCAGGCUAAAGGCAAACAUGGAGUCUAUUCGCCAUCUUAACCAACAGCUCAACGCGCUGAGCAAGGAGAACGUGAGUCAGAGGAAGCUGCUGGAGGCGGAGCGCGCCGAGCGAAACCAGCUCGAGCGGCAGUUAGAGACUUGCUCGCGGGCCUCGCCCUCCCCCAGGGCCCCUCGAGAGACGGCGCAGGAGCAGAGACGGCCUCUCGGCCACCAAGGGGCGCGGCCCUCUGACCCAGAUGCCAUUUCACAUUUAUACCCGGAGCUCGGACAAGAGCCCUUCAGGACCUCUGAAAGGGAAGGAACAGAAACUUUAACAAGAAGGGAUCUUGAAGAACCCAGGAUAAGCGACUCGCUAAAUAAAUCGUACUGGAUCCAGCGAGUUGGAGAGCUCUCUGCACAGCUGCAGGAGAGCACAGAGUACUGGUCGGAGAAAAUGAAUGAGCUCACUGUGGAAAUCCAGCAAGCACAUGCCGCUUCUCCAAAUGUGGAAGCCGGGAAGGUCCAAAGGUCAUGAGAUUCACACAUUUUUGGAAAACAAGUAUCAGAAUUUAUUUUGUGUUUUGUUUUUCCUUUGUUUAAAAAAUAAAAUAGUCACCUAAAGUUACAUGAUCACAGAUUGGUAUAUUGAGCCAGUAAAUAUUUUUUUUAAACAAAAAUGAGCAAAUAUUUUGAAAGAGCUAAACAUUUGCAUAAGCUAAAAUAUUUUAAAAAAUGAUUUGCCUUGAGUGAAACUUUUUUUUUCCAUUUUCUUUGUGUUAAAAUUUUUCUUACCUAUCAUUUCAAGAGAGGCUGUGGCCCUGUUCUUACUGGAAUGAUUAAUUUACAAAUACAUGUUUAAUUUAUUACAGUAGUUAUUGGUCAGUGACAUAUUUUCCUACAAGUACUGGCAUUAAAAUGCCUGGGGCCAUAUUGUGUCUAAAGGAAAUUAUCUGCCAUCUCUAUCCUGUGGUUCUGUGUUCUCAUAAAUAAAAGAG